AUGACAAGAGAAACAGCUAAAAAGAUGAGGUGGCACAAGGAGGGAAAUGUUGAUGAUGGUGUCUUGCGACAUCCAUCUGACUCAAUAACAUGGAAAUCCUUUGAUGCACGACAUCCCACCUUUUCAGCUGAGUUAAGAAAUAUUCGAUUAGGUUUGGCAAGUGACGGGUUCCAACCUUAUGGGAACAUGAGUUCUAAUCAUAGCAUUUGGCCAGUCCUACUAGCUACGUAUAACUUGCCACCAUGGGAUUGCAUGAAAAAUCCAUAUUUCAUGAUGACGCUUCUUAUUCCAGGCCCCAAGUGUCCAGGCAAUGAUAUCAAUGUGUAUUUACAACCAAUGAUUGAAGAGUUGAAAGAAUUAUGGGAUGGGGUGGAGACUUAUGAUGCACUCUCAAAAUCUAAUUUUCUGAUGCGUGUGGCUAUCAUGUGGACGAUCAAUGACUUUCCUGCAUAUGGACUUUCAGGAUGGUCAACCAAUGGCAAGCUUGCAUACCCUUGUUGCCAUAAAGAUACACAAUCGACUUCCUUGUAUAGUGAUGAAGCACUUGUGCAAUUACAAGCUUUGGGUAAUAUGAGUUUUGGUAAAGGACAAAAGAGAAAGCGUGAUGUUUAUAGCAAUGCUUACAAUUGGAAGAAGAAAACAUGCUAUGCAUUGUCCGCGGAAGAGAAGCUGAAGGUAUGCAGUUUCUUAGCUAAUCUGAAGGUUCCUGAUGCAUUUUCCUCAAACAUUUCAAGGUGUGUCAACGUACAGGAGAAAAAUAUACAUGGAUUGAAAUGUCACGAUCAUCAUGUAUUGUUGCAAGACAUUUUUCCAGUAGCUAUACAUGGUUUGCUACCCAAGGAAGUGUGUGAUCCAAUUAUAGUCUUAGGAAAGGUUUUCAAGAAUAUAUACUCUAAGUGCUUGACGAUUGAAGAUCUUGAUAUCCUAGAGGUAGAAAUUCCGGUUAUUUUGACCAAACUUCAACUUGUUUUCCCUCCGGUUUUCUUUGAUGUCAUGGUUCAUUUGCCAAUUCACUUUCCAAGUGAGGCAAAGCUUGGUGGACCAGCUCAAUAUCGUAAUAUGUAUCCUAUUGAGAGGGAAUAUACAAGAGAGAUUGAAAGCCAAAGUUCAAUGAGAGCUCAUAAAAAUGGGUUUCUUGAUUGGUUUCGCGCACGUAUAUUUGUACUAUCUGCACAAGGACGCGCAAAUGAUGAGCUCAUAAGCUUAGCCGUCGGUCCUGCACCAUUAGUACAUCGAUAUUCAACAUUUGUGGUGAAUGGAUUUAGAUUCGAUACAAAAGAGCUUGCAUUGAGAAAUAAAAUGCAGAAUAGUGGUGUUCUUGUGAGAGGAGAUGAUUCAGACUUUAAAAAGGAGUAUUAUGGUGUAUUAGAGGAUAUUUAUGAGUUAUCUUAUUUAGGAAACAGAAAAGUUUACUUAUUCAAUAGUCAUUGGUGGGAUGUGGCUCGCUUAGGAAGAGGAUAUAAGAUUGACAAAUAUGGCUUCACAAGUGUGAAUACUCGGUGUGCCUUGAAUACAAAUGAGCCAUGUGUGUUGGCAUCUCAGUCAGAACAAGUCUUUUACUUAGACGACAUGGUCGAUAAUGAUUGGCUUGUUGUUGUGAAGACAAAUCCUCGUGACCUUUUCAAAAUGCCUGAUAAUGAUGAUAAUUGUCUAGAUAUUGAAGAUGAAGAAUUACUGAAUGAAGAAGUUUAUCAUCAAGAGAAAGCUGAAUUUAAUACUUUGUGUACCAAUGACGAAGAAAAUAUUGUUGAGGUGUCUCUACAUAGGGAUAAUGUUGAACCACAAAGUAUUAACUACGAUCAUGCAAGUACGCAAGCUCAAAACAAUGUGCAUAAUGAGGAAGAUGAUUUCAUUAAUGACAAUCAUCUAGAAAUAUCAGAGAGUGAAGAUAGUGAAGAAGAGUUAUUUGAUAAUGAUGAUGAUGGGGAGGACACCGAUACAUCCUCUUGA